AUGCUGCGUCCCCCCGUUCAUAAAACAGAACAAAAAAUUUUGAAGCGAGUCAAGAGAGACGCCAACAUCAUUACGCAAAGUCAACUGACGUACAAAGACACAGAGACGGAGGUACAGGAGAUUCAAAGAGCACUCGCUGUAGCCUUAGGCUACGAUGAAGAUCUAUCUGAGCCGGAGACGAGUGAAGACGAGAAUGACGCACUAUCAAUAGAUCUCCCAUCGUGCCUGCUCGCUUUCAAAAGCAUCAAGGACGAGAUGUUGGUGCUAAUUGGAGAACCCUGCGCAUUUACAGAGAGCCUCCUCCUUCAGUACGUCAAAAGCUUGCCAGAUGAAGUGCAUGGCAAGGGCGACACCUCAAUCAUUCAAAAUGCGAAAACAGAGGUCGAACGCUUACUCCGCCGUGCAACUCGAGUGCAGGAUCAAAUCAUAAUUUUCUGUGGAGUCUCAACCGAGUCUCGCGCUACUGAAUCAGUCUCCCGGUUCUUAAGCACUACACUCGCUUAUAUAGAUGAUGUCCAGUAUUUUUUGGACAUUGAAGGACUCACUGAGUUGACGGUUGCUCACUCAAUGGGUGAGCUGAUGUACCAGAAGAGGAUCCGUAUCUAA